CAGUGCACCACACAAUAUUGUGCAGAACCAGGAAGAAGGUCAAAUUUCAGGUCAGCCGAGUUCGAGCUUUGUUACUUCGAGUACAGCAGUACGGUUGCCAUUUGCCAGUGGAGAUGUUCAACCUAGAUUUGACUUCACCAUGAUCGUCGCUCAACUUAUGUCCGUAGUCAGCAGUUUGAAUGUUCAGACGGUAGUCCUAUUUGUGGUGGUACUGUUGUUGACUAUCGCCUGGAUCCGUCACCGUCAGCGACCACAGAACCUACCGCCCGGCCCACUAGCAUGGCCCGUUAUCGGUAACGCUGGUGAGUUACUGAGGGGCCGACAACUGCACCAUGUACUCGAUGGCUGGGCGAGACAGUAUGGGAGCGUCGUGAAGGUUUGGUUAGGACCCCGUCUGACAAUUGUGCUGAGUAGCUUCGAAGUGGUCAAAGAGGCUCUCAUCAAACAAGCAGAUUGCUUCUCAGAUCGAAUGGUACAAGCUGAAUCUAAACACACGAGAGGAAGCAUUGUCAUGUCAAACGGAGAUAACUGGAAGGAGCGACGACGCUUUGGGCUGAGCGCCAUGCGAACUCUGGGCAUGGGCAAGAGAAGCGUGGAGCACAAGAUCACUGAAGAGGCUCGCCAUCUCCUCGAGUGUUUUGACGGCGAAGGGGAGAAGCCCUUCGACCCCGAGCACGCCAUCCUGAACGCCGUGUCGAACAUCAUCUGCCUGAUCAGUUUCGGCUACCGCUUCGAGUACACAGACCCCAAGUUCGCUUACCUCAUCAAGAGCGUCAAGACCACCCUGGUGGCCGCGUCAUUUGCCAAUUUUGGCCUGUUUUCCUUUUUUCGCAGGACGGCUACGGAUACACGUGAUCGCAUUGAGAGUGUCAAGACCUUCAUACAAGAGGUUGUUAAGGACCAUCAGGAGUCAUUUGAUGCCAAUGACAUCCGUGACAUCAUCGACAUGUACAUGGUGGAAAUCGAGCAACAGGAAAAGAGCGGGAAAGAUGUUGCUGAAGACAGCGCGUUCUGUAAAACCACAAUGUGGAAGGGCAUCUAUGACCUAUUCGUGGCAGGAACGGAUACCACGACGAACACGCUGAUGUGGCUGAUGUUGUACAUUGCUAUGAAUCAAGAUGUGCAGGAAAAGGUACAGAAAGAAAUCGAUGACGUCAUCGGUGGUGACCGUCAGCCAACCAUAGAGGAUCGUGCCAACAUGCCGUAUACCAACGCCGUACUGUGGGAGAUACUACGUAUACGACCUGUAACUCCCUUCGGAGUACCCCACAGGACCCAUUAUGAGACUGAAUUUCUGGGCUACACGAUCCCUGCAAACACAAUGGUCUUUGUCAAUCACUGGACCAUUUUCCAUGAUCCGAAAUCCUGGAAAGACCCAGAGAAGUUUGAUCCCACCAGGUUCCUGUCCAAAGACGGCAAGACUGUGGAGAAACCAGAGGUUUUCAUGCCGUUCAGUCUUGGUCGGCGUGUUUGCAUGGGAGAGACUCUGGCUAAGAUGGAGCUGUUUCUCUUCUUUGUCAACCUCCUUCAGCGAUUCACCUACUCCUUGCCUGCCAACAAACCACGCCCCUCUCUGGAGGGAAUCGUUGGGGUUACUCUAGGACCGACGCCCUUCGAGGUGGUGGCUAAACGGCGCUAAGUUGAAGUUCAAGAAAGAGCCGACAACCUGUUUAGGGGAGUUGUGAAAACACUAACCUAUAUUGUCUGCGAUAUGCACUAUGUUUGCUAUUAAUGUAAUUGUUAAAUAAGGAUUAACUUCUUUGGCAAUUAAGAAGGAAAUAUUUUGAAUCAAAACAGGAAUCAACUCCACAAAUUAUCCUCAAGAUAUGUUCGACUGAUUUAUUUGUAAUUUACAAUUACAUGUACAGAGAUAAUUGAUUAGUCUUGGAAACGCGAAGUUGACUUGAUGGUGUUCUACCUUAGUGACCAAGUAUUGUACGAUUUUAAAUAGUUUGUGCUUCAAAAUGUUUGCCCGCCAGGCAAAUGUCAUGGAUUUGACUCAAGGAUCUAAGACUGGGCCAGAAAAAUGGGCUAUAAUUAUAUGGCUAAUGGGUUUUAACAUAACGGGCGAUGUGCAAACCUGCUCUAUCUACAGAGUUAACCUGUGUGACAAAUAAACAAAACCGUCGAAACAGUACAUGAAACAGCCGUCGAGACGAUGCAUGAAAAAGUAGAAGAUGCCUCGACACACUCACGUGGUGAAACCUUUCACACAGAAUUUUCUCGAUAAAUGCAGCUAUUCAAAAAAGAAAUGCCCAAAUUUUAUGGCAGAUUUUGAUCACAGUUGAAGUCCAGACACAGCCCACAUGUUCUAUGAGCAUAGUUUCUGAGUAUGAUGAUAU